CAGCUGCUGAACGGAGGACGCUUCGGUUACCGUGAAAGCUGUGGAGCUGAAAUUACGGUUAAUGUCAAAACAAAAAUGACCAAAAAAAGAGGAUAGGCGGGUUUCAGUUGCGUUACUGAACGGGAUUAAUUUUGUUCUGAGUGUGUUUUUGUUCCGAAAGGGAAAACUUUUGGGAGAAGAAAAACAAAACAAAUAAAAUCCUCCGUCACGGAACAGGAUGGAGAAAGAGCUCGCGAUGAAAUACACGGUUUUUCUUCUCGUGCUGGCUCUGACCGCCGUGAGCGGAGGAGCAGCUGAGCUCAGCAUCCACCUGAACCAAACGGCCAAGCAGCAAGUGUGUGUGGAGAACCAGGAAUAUCCACACAAGGGCUUCUGCUGCAAAAACUGCGAGGCUGGCACCUAUGUGAAGGAGAAGUGCACUGCUGAUCAGGAGAAGGGAAUAUGCGAACCAUGCAAGGACGGCACUUACGCCGAGCACCCGACCGGCAUGGACCAAUGCCUCCAGUGCAGUCAAUGUCCUGCAGGUCAGAAAAGAACAGUGGAGUGUACAAGCACAAAUGAUACCAAGUGUGAGUGCAAGCCAGGCACUUUCUGUCUGCCAGAUGAGCCCUGUGAAGUGUGCAAAAAGUGCACGAGGUGCAAAUUAGAUGAAAUCGAGGAGCGGUCAUGCACUCCUACAUCCAACACAAAGUGUAGCAAGAAGCCUUCAUCACCUCAUGACCCCACUAUGACACCCACAAGUCCGCCUGACCAGAGAAAAGACAAUCAUAGCACCAUAGUGGCUGUGAUUGUAGUGAUUGUUUUGCUCCUCAUUCUUCUGGUUGGUGUGCUGUUCUGGCAGAAGAAACGAUUCUGUCCGAAACAAGCUAGCCCAGUGGCUCAAAAUAAUGAGGUGAAGAUUCCAAUAGAUGGCGUUAGUGUCCCUACCUCAGAGGAGUGUGAGAACAGCCGUAACGCGGGAUUAGAGGAGGCAGAACUGCCUCGCACUGAAUUUCGUCCCCUGCUGCAGGAGACACAUAUGCUGGGAAGUAAAAGCAUCCCAGUGGAAGAUGAGGACCGAGGACUUGGGGACAGCCUACCAAACACCACCAGCUCCUCCCAGACCAGUCUGUCAGCCCUGCCAGUCAACAUGGCACUUCCUGUGUCAGCAAACUGUGAGAGGGAGGCAGAGUCAUGGGCCAGGGAGGAUGGAACACCCAGAAGACUUGUUCCAUUACUUGCGGAGGAAGUGUCUCUGAGCAAGAGCUUUGAUCUCUUUGACGUUCUGGAUGUGCGCGUGCACAACAAGUUCUUCCGCAGCAUCGGCGUAAGUGACAACAGCAUCAAGCUCGCCGAGUCGCACAACGCAGUGGAUAAGGUGUAUGAACUGCUGCGAGUGUGGAUGCAGCGUGAGGGACUUCGCGCAAAUAUCAACCACCUGCUACAGGCUCUGCUCGACCUGGACCAGCGCUACUCUGCCGAGCAGAUCGCAUCCCGUGCAGUUGAGCGAGGCUACUACAAAUACGAGUGAUGAUGAAGAUAAACACGUCGUAAUGAACUUGUAAAGUCAAAAAGAAUCGUGCCUUUCCUUGUCACAGCCUAUAAUGGACUAAAGGUGCAAGUGUUGUUUACGACAAGUUGGUUAAUAUGAACAAAACUCAUUUAAACGGACUUGUGAACUAUAACGAACAACUUGGCAUUUGUGAGUCACGUGGAGGAGCUAGAUUUUUUUUUUCUGCUGUAGUUGAACAGAUCAUCAUGCCUCCCAUUACCUCGUAAGCCUAUUAAAAAGGAAAAAUUUGCAUACAAACAAUCAGAAACCUGUACUGCAGAAGAUUAAAUGAGUCACACGAGAAUCCGUGAGAAGCAACACUUAAUUCAGCUCCUCUUUCCUCCUCACGUGCACUGAUUAUGCAGCUAAACAGAUCGCCGCGGUUAACGUGAACGCAGCAGCGACGUUCUCUGUUUUAAGAUCUGAAAUCAGAGCUGUGAAUUAAAAAAAAAAAAAAGUUAAGAUGAUGAUUUAAGUCAUUGAAACGCACUUAUCGAGCAGCCUGAUGUGAGGAAGAAUGUCGAGAUUGAGACAGCCAGGGGGAAGACUUAGCUUUUGUUUGUUUGUAGCAACCUUUUGGCUUUAUUGAAAGCCAACACUGGACUCAGAGAAGAUUCACGCCAGCUCACUGCGUGGCUUCAUCUCGAAUAGUGCACUGGCCUCAGGCUUUUUCUUUUUUUAAACUACAGGUUGGUCCGAAGCCAGCAAAGACCAUUUUUUCCGCGGUGUCGGCAAAAAAAAAUAGGAUUUGAUUAUAGAGGACAAAUGUUUGGUUUUGACUAAUUGGUUUUCGUGAACAUUUCUAGUUGAAACUCCAGGCUGUUCAACCCCUAGUCUACACUACGUGCUACUAAGAUUUGUGCCAUUGUUCAUGGAUAUUGACUGUAGUGUAAUGGAGGAAGGAAGGGGACACAAAGACGAUUUGUGCUUCGAUUAAAUCAAGGCCGUUAAUCUUUCUACCAUAGAUUCAAUCACGCAAAACAGCUAUGGUUCUUCAGAAAGAAAAAAAUAAUGUUUUACGACAGUAAGUAAAGACUGAUUUAGAGUAAAUAUACAGUUUGCUAAGGAAGUGUCACCUGCUGAAGGCUGCCUUCUGCUUCCUGCACCAGUAGCUCAGCGUCAUUGUGAAAAGUGAGCGUCUUGUGUCAGCUACACAAACACCUCUUCAGCUUCUCCCGUUUCCUUAUUUAUGUAGAACCUGGAUGUAUUUAUUGUCAUAGUAGAACUAUGGGUAAUUAUUUAUACCUUUUAAACAUAUCCGAGUGUGUUGUGUGUGUGUUUUCCAUUUGCCUUGCAGCAUGAGGCACAACAACAGAGGCAUUUGGACCAAGAUGCCAAAUGUUUUGUUCAGUUUGGCACGAGCGCUUACAUUUCUUCACAGGGACACUAUUGGUCUCGUGCAACAGAAAACAAAAAAAAACUUUUUUUUUUUUUUUAAAUAAUUUUCAUUGUUAUUAUUUUAUAGUCUCAACCUAUUGCAUGUAGUAAACCAUGGAUGUUUUGGUACGUGUGGUUGUGUGUUUUUUUUUUUUUUGUUUUUUUUUUUUAAUUUGAUUUUUUUUUCUCUUGGAAAGAUGAAGGUCUUUUCAGCUCAUCGGGAUUAUUUUAUUUUAUUUUAUUUUAUUUUUUGCCUGAGCUGUAUAUAGUCAACGAAUGUAACCCCAGAAAUUGCAGAUUUAUUAUAAAAAAAUAGAUACCUAUAGAAACCUUGAGCAAAAAGAAUGAUAGAAGUAUAGCGACGUCCUACAACCCCGAAGGAACAAACUGACCCCUGAAUGAGCUCGUAAUAGAAGAUGAUUAUAAGGUAACACUCAGUAUGAAGCUAUUAAACUGCUCUUAUUGUAUUCUGAUUUUUUUUUUUUAUGAGCUAUAAUCAUGCUGUUACAGCUUAUUACAGAGUUAUAACUAUUUAUUGAUGAAGGCUUCAUAGAAAGUGUUGCCUUUUAUGAUUUUCGACACAUAGAUCACUACUUUAUCGGCUCUGUUUGUGCGAUAGUUGAUAAUGAACUUAGACCUCUGACUCAGCUGUGUGCGUAUGGUCAUGGCUGUAUAAUCUCUAGUUGUAAGCAAGAGCGUAUUCACUUACCAGGGGAAAAAUAGCCUCUCAGCUCAAGUGUUCAUUCAGCUCAUGUAACAGUGCAGGCACUGCCACCUAGUGUUUUCAACAGUGAAAUAUUAUUCUAAUAUGAAUUGAUUAUUGUCUGGUCCAAAAGUCUGAGUGUAUUGUUCAGCAAACCAUCACAGAAGAUAUGCUUUUUAUAGUAGUCUCAAAUCUGUGUGUUAUUACUGAUAUAAACCUUAUGAAGAUGGUAAUGUCUAGAAAGUUGGAGAAACCUUUCUGUUAAAGUGUCAUUACUUUCAACUUUCGGACCAGAAAGUUUCAAGGGACCUGUUUUUGUUUUGUUUUUCUUUUCUCUCUUCAUGCACUUGUAGUGAGGUUUUUUUUAAUACAAGAACAACUCCGUAUCAGUAGAUAAGCUCACUUUGUCCGUGAUGUCUCUGUAUUAUUAACUUUACUCAUAGUUCAGCUUUAUUUCUUUUAACACACGUUUUUUUUUCUUCAUCCGACAUUUGCUCACCCAUGUUUUGCUCUCUUAUAGUGUAGAAGCAAAUGUAUUGCCCCACUUAGACCAUUGUUCACUCUUUAACAGUUGUAAGGUAUUUGCUGUUGCAAAUGCGUUUGUAGAACGAUUUAAUUUUUGAAAUAAACUUUUCUUACUAAA